AAUUAAAUCAUCUGACGCGCGCGCUAUCUCCCUAUUCUCUCAUGGAAUAAUCCGCUCGAGCCGGUUGCCCGAGCAGCAGCAGCAGCAGCAGCAUCGGUGGCACUGAAGCAGGUUGUUUGAGGACUGAAUGUCGUACUGACUUCUGAGGGGACUCGCAGCCGAGACGGAGGACGAGGACAGAGAGGCUGUUAGGAUGGCUUCAAACUUCAACGAUAUAGUGAAGCAGGGCUACGUGAGGAUUCGGAGUAAGAAACUGGGGAUCUUCAGAAGAUGCUGGCUUGUAUUCAAGAAGGCGUCCAGUAAAGGACCACGGCGAUUAGAGAAAUAUCCAGAUGAAAAAGCCGCUUACUUCAGAAGCUUUCACAAGAUUACUGAGCUCCACAACAUUAAGAACGUUACUCGAAUGCCACGAGAGACCAAGAAACACGCAGUGGCAAUUAUUUUCUGCGAUGAGACGUCAAAGACAUUUGCCUGUGAGUCAGAGCUGGAGGCUGAGGAGUGGUGGAAGUUAUUGUGUUUGGAGUGUCUGGGCAGCAGACUUAAUGACAUCAGCCUGGGAGAACCGGACUUGUUAGCAGCAGGGGUGCAGAGGGAACAGAACGAAAGAUUUCAUGUUUACUUGAUGCCGACCCCAAACCUGGACAUCUACGGGGAGUGCACAAUGCAGAUCACCCACGAGAACAUCUACCUUUGGGACAUCCAUAAUGCCAGAGUCAAGCUGGUCAUGUGGCCGCUCAACUCCCUGAGGAGAUACGGAAGAGACUCGACCUGGUUCACAUUUGAGUCCGGGAGGAUGUGUGAUACAGGGGAAGGUUUGUUCACAUUCCAGACCAGAGAAGGCGAGAUGAUCUAUCAGAGAGUUCACUCUGCCACGCUGUCCAUCGCUGAGCAACAUGAACGCAUGAUGAUGGAGAUGGAGAAGAGCUCACAGACUCUUUCAAACGAGAACACAUUAACAAAGUCGAUAUCUCUCCCGCGAAGCGCUUACUGGCACCACAUCACGCGUCAGAACAGCGUGGGAGACAUCUGCAAUUACCAAGGUCGCUGGGGCCACAGAGGCAUAACAUGUUUACCAAGCAUGCAGGACAAGUGGCGCUCCGACUGCCCUUGGGUUCAUACAGGCUCCCACAAAUCCGCUUACAUCAAAAGUGUGACAUCUGGAUGAGAGCCAGAGCAGGAGAGCUCAGUUCUGCCACAUUCAACCCUCCUCCAACACACCUGCCUGGAAUUUUCAGAAAAAACACAAGGGGGAUUGGACGUUCGGAUGAGGAGGGUUGGAAAUAAACUCCAUUUCAUCUUCACCUAGUUCACACAAUUAAAGCUGCAGACACUUUAGGCUCAAGUCAUGUUGGUGAUGUUUUAAUGAUUGCUAAGCAAAGCAUUAUGUGUGGGCAAGUAAUGUCAAGGUCUCCAGAAUUAAACAAAAAAUACAUAAAAUCACUACCUGAAUUACUCCGAUAUCUGCAUUGUAUCAGCACAUAAAUAAACAUAUCCGCUAAAUAUCAUCUUAUCUGCUUUACAAACAAAUGUU